GUGCGAGCCAGCAGCGACAUGCGCCGAGCUGCAGCCUGCAGGGGGUCAAACCAAGCACAGUUAGAGGCACACGCACGCUGCACACCUCCAUUCACAUGACCAUCGCCGCCUCCUCUUGUUCCAGCUCGUGUCUACUUGUCUUCACCACAUUUUGCCCCUUCUCUGCUCCCAAGUCCCAACAACAAAUAUCUCCAUCUUCCCCAACACCGUACCUCUCGCGCCGCCCAUCCACCUCAUCAAGAACUUACCAGUUUGAGAGCGAAGCACAGGUAGCUAGGAUGGCGGCGGCGGCGUGCUGCGGGCUGGAGGAGGAGACGGUGGUGGGGGAGCAGAAGGCUCCCGGGGCGUGCCCGCGGUGCGGCGGCGCGGUGGUGGCCACGGACGUGGAGAGCGCGCGGCGGGUGCUGUGCUGCCUGCCGCUGUGCGUCAAGAACAAGCGCAAGUUCUCCUGCGCCCGCUGCCGCCGCAGCCUCGCCGCGCUCUACGUCCACGCCUAGCUCAUCCGUCUACUGUUCCUGUCAUGCUGAGAUUACAACCUAGCGAGCUUAAUUCUUCUUCUAAGUUGUAAUUGAGUCUUGGCUCAUCGAUCUCCAACUAGAUGUUAUUAGCAGGGCAAAUCAUGCAUCAGUACUAGCUUCAUUAAUUAGGACUUAGGUGUGCAAUCGAUCGAUCUGUUCACCGAGUUUGUUCAUGGCUUUUAGUAGUUGAUGUUGAUCUUAGUUUUAUUUAAGUUUCUAAUUUCUCUUGAUGAUUCUACUCCUUUUGCUAUGUUCCAUUCAUGGGGUUCUUAUGGUAUUAUAACAUGGCCGCCCUUUUCUUUC